AUGGUCCAAGCACAGAGCGUUCAUUGUCCGACGACCAUGUCGAUGUGGUGCCACUGGACUGGACCUUUGAGGGACACCGAAGAGCAUCUCGAGUCUUGCAAUUUCGCGUUCGAGCACACAUGCGCGUAUCGAUACUUGGGAUGCGGCUUCAAGGGAGGCGCGAUGGAUGUGGCAAACCAUGUCAAGCACUGUACAUUCCAGUCAUCACAGCCUUCGUACAGCACCAACGCUUCUUCGUCCAAUCUAUUCCCUAACCCAAGCAGUCCCAGUCAUCAUCAGCACCAUCAUCGAUUUCCUCAGAGCAACUUGGGCACCCAAAAACAGUUUGGAGCCACACCUCGAGGACAUGGACCCAUGUCGCCACCACAGUCAUCACCGCCUAUCCCCAUAGUCCCUCCUCCAGCACUGCAUCCUUACCUCCGACCGAUGGCACAGAGAGCUGUAGUUGGAGGUCCAUUUGAGAGAGCUGGCAGCUACGACGUCAGCCAAGACUUUGAACAGCUGUCUAUCGAUGAGCUUCAAAGAGCACUUGAUGGAGAGGUAGAGGAUGCCAUCGAUGAUGAAGGCCUUGCACUUUACAGCCCCGAUGCAACAGCGACAGCACCUGCCCGUAUGAACAGCAGCACCAGUGGUUGUGACGAGGACUUUGUGCAGGUUGAACGGACUAAUAGUAUGGUCGACAUGGAAAUUAGUGACAUGGCCAUGUCUCCAACUGUGGCGAGGGAUUCACUGCCACCAGAGACACAACAGGCGAUCACUCGGCAGUCAAGCCAGCGGUUCACCCAUGAAGCUGCCCAGGAGGUCGUCCAACAGGCUAAUGAGGCUGUCCCUCAGCAGAUGAUUUCCACCCAAGAGUCAGCCUCGCUCGUUUCGCCAAUCAUCAUCACUCAGCAGAUUCAUGAAGAGGCGCUGAUGAUCCAGUGUGGUCAGAGGAUGGACAAAGAGGUUCUAGAGACCCCACAGGAAACUCAGUACGAGAUUGUGCAAGAGACGGCUCAGGAUGAGACAAUUCAGGAGAAGCAGCCGCAAGAGGAGGAGACCCCACAAGUUCAAGCUGCGCAAGAAAUCCCAGUGUCAGAUCUACCUACGCUCUCUCCACAGAUGCGACAUCACCUCUCGCCCUCGCCAUCACCAUCGCGAGAUCACCCUCCACCAGAAAACGAUCUCCCACCUGCACAGCGACGCCGAAUCAUUGUGGAUGAGGAAGAGAGCGACCGUGGUAGCGGUGAUAUGACCGUUGACGGAGACUUUGUAGAGGACCUUCAAGCACUUGAAGAUAGGCAAGGGGAGUCUUCUGCUGUCAGUAUUGUUGCUUCUACUACCGCUGCUCACGGAGAUCAACACCCUCGGCGGUCGAUCACAUACUCGCGCCAAAGUCCACCUGACAAAGGCGGUCGCAUCUUGCGGGAUAUUACCGACGCAUGGGUAGCAUCUCGCGACAGACGACCGUUGGCUCUCAACCACCCAAGUUCUACUACCACACCACACUCUGCAGCUGGACGAUCUUCUACUUCUUCCAAUCGACCUGGAUUGAGUUCUGGUUUGGGACUUGCAGCGGAGGUAUUCCGCGUGCUCAACCAGAAUCAAUUCCACCAACCACAUCAUCCACAGCAACAGGAUCAACAGUCGCCAAGACGACGAUCUUCAGAGUCCGGGCAGCGUUCGCCUCCUAGUAAGAGCUUAGUCGGCCAUAGAAAAAUCUCUGGACGAUUCAAUCCAUUACCGAUGCGCGCCGUUCCUUCGAUCCCUCCUGCAGCGAUCACCGCUUCAUCUCUUUUGAUGCAGUCGUCCGUGACUGCUUCUCCGGUCCACGAAACGUCCCUUGCAUCGCCGCCUGUUUCUUCUUCUGACGAUGAGGCAGAGCCUGCUGACCAGGCACGUCGCCAACAGCACCAGCAUCAGCAACAACAACUAGUGAACCCAGAGUUGGCCAACUUCUUGGCGCUUAUUCAGAAUCCGCCUGCUCACCUAAUUGUCGAAGCUGAGCCCCAGGCCUUUGUUCCCUUUGUUGCCUACAAGCCCCGCUACCUCAAAUCGCGUCGCAAGAAGGGAAAAGCGGGGAGGACGUAUGGAUUGCCCAUCGUGCGUAACAAGGACGCCCACGACCGGUAUCAGAAUCUGGUGCCCCCCAUCCUGACACCUGACAUUACCUCACCCAACGACUCUAUCUCCUCCCAGGCCAAUCGACACCACGACAACUGA